CGGGAGCUCCAGGGGACCUUACGCCGCUCCGGUUGGCGGUAUUUUACGCUGCAACCCAUCUCAUUCCAACCCUCACUUUGGAAGCAGCCGAAGUCCCACCUGUGGACCUUCGUUUAGCUCAAGUUCCAUCCUUCUCCAGCUGAUCUCGAGGACCAGCAAAGAUGUCUGAGGGCAAGGAGCAUCUUUCCAUUGUCAUCUGCGGCCAUGUCGACUCCGGCAAGUCGACCACCACUGGUCGCCUGCUCUUCGAGCUCGGCGGUAUCCCCGAGCGUGAGCUGGAGAAGCUGAAGGAGGAGGCCGCUGCCCUGGGCAAGUCCUCGUUCGCCUUCGCCUUCUACAUGGACCGCGCUAAGGAGGAGCGCGAGCGUGGUGUGACCAUUGCCUGCACCACCAAGGAGUUCUUCACCGAGAAGUGGCACUACACCAUCAUCGAUGCCCCCGGUCACCGCGACUUCAUCAAGAACAUGAUUUCCGGUGCCGCCCAGGCCGAUGUGUGCCUGCUGAUGGUGCCCGCCGAUGGUAACUUCACCACCGCCAUCCAGAAGGGUGACCACAAGGCCGGUGAGAUCCAGGGCCAGACCCGCCAGCACGCCCGUCUGAUCAACCUGCUGGGUGUCCGCCAGCUGAUUGUUGGCGUGAACAAGAUGGACUCCGAUACCGCCGGCUACAAGAAGGAGCGCUACGAUGAGAUUGCCAACGAGAUGCGCCACAUGCUUGUGCGCGUCGGCUGGAAGGACGACUUCGUCAACAAGUCCGUGCCCAUCCUGCCCAUCUCUGGCUGGCUCGGCGACAACCUGAUCAGCAAGUCCACCAACAUGCCCUGGUACACCGGCCAGGAGGUGCUGAACCUGAAGAACGAGAAGGUGCAGGUGCACACCCUGCUGGACGCCCUGAACUCCUUCGUCACCGUCCCCGAGCGCAAGACCGAUGCCCCCCUGCGCCUGCCCAUCUCCGGCGCCUACAAGAUUAAGGGUGUCGGUGAUGUGCUGGCCGGCCGUGUCGAGCAGGGUGUUGUCAAGCCCGGUGAUGAGGUGAUCUUCCUGCCCACCCACACCACCGCCAACCCCUGCACCGGCAAGGUGUUCACCGUGGAGAUGCACCACAAGCGUGUGGACAAGGCCGGCCCCGGCGACAACGUCGGCAUGAACAUCAAGGGUCUGGACAAGGGCAACAUGCCCCGCACCGGCGAUGUGAUGAUCCUGAAGUCCGACGGAUCCCUGAAGAUCGUGAAGGACUUCACCGCCCAGAUCCAGACCCUGGAUAUCCCCGGCGAGGUCAAGAAGGGCUACUCCCCCAUCGGCUUCGUGCGCUGCGGCCGCUCCGCCUGCCGCAUCUCCAACAUCGACUGGAAGGUCGGCAAGGAGACCGGCGGCAAGAAGAUGGAGGCCCCCGUCGGCCUGAAGGCCAACGAGAUGGCCCAGGUCGUCUUCGAGCCCACCCAGCCCCUGAUUGUGGACUCGUUCAAGAACUGCGAGGGUCUGUCCCGCAUUGCCUUCCUGGACGGCAACACCGCCGUCAUGCUCGGCAAGGUGGUGUCCGUCACCCACAAGUAAAUGCACCACUAGCUUGGGCGCCUAGCUGCGACUGUAGUUGCGGCGGUGGCGACGAGUGAUGUGAUGUAUCGUUGGUUCUCGUAAGGUCCCAAGAGUGUUGGUGGGGUUUCUGAUGGUUUUGACUCAGGCCUCUAGUUUUGCUGGUGAAGGCGUAGGUUUGCGACUUGAGAGGAGGUAUGUUUACUUAGGCUGUGGGGCGGCAGUGAUGUUACUUCAAAAGUAGGGUAUGCUCUUGGCGUUGCAUGUGCAUAUGCUACUCCGCAUUGGCAGGUCUGUACCGCUGAUGCGCGCGAGCUGCCGGCCGCCCGCUGACUUGACGUAGUUUGUAGAUGGCAUAUAAUACAGGACUUGACUAAAUGACGGAACAUGACUUGGAGUAGCUUCAGCUGUCGA